AUGUCUUCUGCUCCUAGAACAAAGCCGUGGGAAGUCAGCUCUGGAACCUCAGCUGCUGCCGUGUCCGGCUCCGCUUCCGGAGCUAUACCCUCGCAAACUUCUACUCCCAUAAACCCAUCAGCAUCUACAUCCUCAUCAAUAAACACAUCAGCUGGACCGGGCGCCAUUCCGGAAAGACCCCAGCUGCUCACAGCCGACUUCGGUUCCAUGGCCUCAGCUUCACCCUACGGCGGUGCUGGUAUGACCAACGCCAACCGGUAUGGGAUGGGAUCGUAUGGGCUGCUGAUGUAUGGGUCCGGGAUGGGCUCUGGAAUGUAUGGGCUGUCGAUGUAUGGCGGUCUCGGUUCUUCUAUGUAUGGUGGUGGUUAUGGCUCUGGAAUGUAUGGCAUGGGAGGGUACGGUUCAGGCAUGUACGGAAUGGGAGGUUAUGGCUCAGGCAUGUAUGGCCAGCCAGGAAUGAUGGGAGGAGCUUUGGGUGAAGGUACCCAGGCCACCUUCCAGCUUAUUGAGUCGAUUAUAGGAGCUGUGGGAGGUUUUGCUCAGAUGUUGGAGGCUACUUAUAUGGCAACGCAUUCUUCAUUUUUCACAAUGGUUUCGUUGGCGGAGCAGUUUGGAAACUUGAAAAAUGCUUUGGGAUCUCUUUUGGGUAUCUAUGCUUUGAUUGCUUUUAUCAAGAAGAUCUUCUACAAAGUCACGGGCCAGACGUACAACUACGGCAUGAACUUGAAAGAGUUCUCCAAGUUCGAGAAACAACAGAAGAAGCUUGAAGACAAUAUCAAGAGGCAACAAGGCCAAUUGGCUGGCUCCAGUAAAUCCAGAAUCUCUCUUAAACCAUUAUUGCUCUUUUUGGCAGCCUCCAUAGGAUUCCCUUACUUGUUGAGUAAGGCCAUUCAGAAGCUCAAUGAGCAGAACCAGCGUAGACAACGUGAACAACAACAACUCAUGGGACCUGGUGGUGCUCCGUUUGAUCCCAAUAACUUGCAAUUUGCUAAGACAUUGUAUGAGUUCAAUCCAGAGAACCCCAACAUGGAAAUCGAGUUGAAGCCCAACGAGUUGGUGGCCAUUCUUUCCAAGCUUGAUCCUUUAGGAAACGAAAGCAAGUGGUGGAAGGUCAGAUCCAGACUGGGUAAAGUAGGGUACGUUCCUCUGAACUACUUGAGUGUCAUAGAU